AUGAAAGUGGCCAAUUUGUGUUUGAUUGCAUCGCAUGUAUUGUUGACUCCAGUGUUGGGAUUUACUGAUACUUCGCCAUUUUACUCAUCAAAACAAUUGGAAGGGAAAUUUCCAUAUAUAACAGAAUCUGGACAAUUAUUGGAAACAAUAGGCUCAUUGACGGAUGAUGUAUGCAAAAACGAUAAUAGAUUAGUUAUUUACAGAGUUAGUAAUUUAGUUCAUGGUACUAAGCAAUCCGAAGGUACUUAUAUCAAGCAUGUUCAUUACGGUUCAGCUGAAGAGCUUGACUUUCCACAUGGAUCGUCUUGCAAUGGGGACAGAAUUCAAUAUUUGAUCAACAAACAGCCCAAUGUUACCGAAAACAUCGCAAUUGCGGUUGUUGAUAUUGAAGAUGAUAAAGAGCAUACUAUUGACGAGUUUUUAACUCAAGCAGGAGGGGUGGUUAUCGUCCAGGGAAAGCCAUCAUUUCAUAGGCCAGAAUCUAAGAUAGAAGGCGUGAAACAUUACAUCGAAGACAAAGUAUACGAUAACUUAAAAAUGGAGCUUGAUUUGGACAAUGUCUUACGCAAAAGGGCCAAAGCCUCUGGUGAAGCCAAUGAUGACGAUGAUGACAAAUUCAGUCAAAUAAUGGCAGAAGUAGAAGACGACUUUAAAGCAGCCGAGUCGUUCAUUUCUAAAGAAGGGGGAGAAAUGAUGAUGACUAUUAUGGAUUCAUCCAAGACUGAUUCGGCUGGAUCAGAUGCUAAACCUCCUAAGGUGAAAAACCCAAAUCUUUUUACAAACUACACAUUUUUCUCUCCAGGCAUUUGGAUGUGCUUGCUUAUUUCGGGCUUCCUUGUGUCAGUUUUGUACAUUACAAUGUCAUGGAUGACCUCUCUAGAAAUCUCCUACAAGGCCUUUGAUAAACAAGUUGACUUUGAGAAGAAAACCGAAUGA